AUGAUUGGUAUCACCGUUGUUGCUGCUGUUGUUUUUGUGAUCAUAGUGACAGUGGCAUGUUUUAUUUUCAUUCUUCAAAGAAGACGUCGAAAAGCAGGUGAGUUCAAGAUCUAAUUUGUUCUAAUUAAAAUAUAAAUUAUUCUAAUCUGUCAUUAUAGAACAAAGUGAUUAAUUUAUAAGAACAUUAUAGUGUAAUUGUGUUAAUAUCAUUCAUUAUUUUUCUGUUCUAACCUGUUCUAACAAAGUUACAAUUGCAAACAGCGAUUUCAAUGUAAAUAUUUCAACGGCACUGUUAAUUAAAUCGAUUGAUUAAUUAGCUGUUAAAUCGAAAUUAAAUAUCGCAAAAAUUAAUUGUCUUUGCUUUGCAAACAUCACGUCGAAUAACUCAACCGCGCUGGUGAAACAAUCAAUAAAAAAAUUUGAAGGAUUCUUGCACGGUGAAGUCGUCUCAACAAAAACCGUAGCCCAUUAUAGACGCGUUAAAGUUUAUCGACUGACUAUGUUUCUCUUAAUAUUUCCAAUAAUAAUUUUGUGAAAAGAAACGGUCAAACUAACAACUGCUGAAAUUCUAAUCUCCUUUUUGAACUCUCUAGGCUCUCCUGAUUGCAUCCGCAUGGAUUUUUUAUCACAACAUUCCCACGAGACUCAACAGCUAGAAGGCAACAAUACUUCAGGAGAAGUUGCGAGUUCAGCACAAGAAACAGGCACUAAUAAUGCUCAAUAUCAAAACCUGACAGCUGACGGGAAACCAGUUCCAAUCUUCACGCGUGGAGUGGUGCCCUACCAAAGAGAUUACAUGAACAAAAGGCCCAUGCGAAUUUUAUCGUAUGACAGAGUUCAGCUAAUUCGACCAUUAGCUAUAGACUGGCUUCGGAACGCGUGGGGGAAUGUUGACGAGUUUGGCCAACACGUUUAUGACGUCAUGCAACGCGUCCGACAUGUUUUUGUCCCCUACGACAAGUGCCUUCUAUCACAACGUGACUUGGCCGGAAAUAAAGUCGAGACAAGUAAUAAAACUUACGGAACAAUGGAAAGACCUCCGGCAGUGAUAUUGCCAACUGGUAGUGAGAAUGCGUCGACGUCAGAAAAUGUUUGAUCCGUCUCCUCAAGAUAUACUUUUUACAAUAUUUUUUGUGAUUAACUAUAGUGCUAUAAGGCAAACUAGGAAACAUUGUCGCGCAAAUUACUUCUGAGUAAAUACAUUGAUUAGUGACCAUAGUCUUGUUUAUAUAUGUCGGAAAAUUACCAUUCCUAAAGAGCCACCAAAAAUUGUAUUUACACGACAGUUCAAAAAUUACAACUCCCACCAAUUUAAAGAAGAGCUAAGCUACUAUACUAAUCUAGAUCCCACAUCGAAUGAUCCAAAUGUGCUAUGGAAUGAAUUUAAGAACAACUUUCUUACUAUUGCUGAAAAACACGCGCCAGUUAGACAGCGUCGCGUUAAGAGUGAGCAUAAACCAUGGCUGACGAAAGAAAUAAAGCGUUUAAUGCAUCAUAGGGAUUAUCUUAAAAGACAGAGUGUUCGUUUAACAUCGAGUAAUUAUAACGAGGCCUACAAAAGAUGCAAGAAUAAAUUAAAUAAGCUUAUUAAAAAGACUAAGGAAGAAUACUUUAAAACGAAGUUAUUUAAUGCAAAUAAUAGCAAAGAGAGUUGGCAGGCUAUUAAUGAGCUAUUAAACAAAAAGCCCAAAACUACCCAUGUAACACAGCUAAAUGUAGAUGACCAAGUUAUAACUGGAGACACAAAUAUUGCGGACUGUUUUAAUCGGUAUUUUUCAUCCAUCGGUUGUAAACUGUCGAAAAAUGUCCAAAAUAUUAAUGUUGACCCUAUGACAUUUGUCACUCCUACGGAGAGUUCGUUUCAUUUUUCAUGUAUUUCAGUCCAAGAGACUUUUGACGCCUUAAACCAACUUAAUUCAAGGAAAUCACCAGGACUGGACGGCAUAAGUGUAAAACUAUUAAAAGAUACAAGCGAUGUUAUCGCGCAACCAUUAGCCAACAUCUUUAAUCUAUCUCUUCAGACUGCAAUUUUUCCGGACGAGUGGAAAAUCGCCAAGGUAUCACCAGUCUUUAAAGAAGGGAAUAAAACUGAUUGCGGAAAUUAUAGACCAAUCUCUGUAAUUUCUGUGGUUGCUAAGCUGUUUGAAGGGCUAGUGUACAAUCAAUUGAGAACGUUUAUUGCCGACAAUAGCAUUCUUGUAGAGCAACAGUCCGGUUUUCGUUCACAACACUCUACUGAGACGGCACUCUUAGGUUCGACAAAUGAGUGGUUAUAUAACAUGGACAGUGGCUUAAUCAAUGGAGUCCUGUUCUUGGACUUGAAAAAAGCUUUUGACACUGUCGACCAUGAAAUCUUAUUAAAGAAACUUCACCUAUACGGCAUAAAAGGAACUACUUACGCAUGGUUUGAAUCUUACAUCCAAAAUAGGAAAUCGAUUUGUUUAAUGAAUGGGAAAAAAUCACAUGCUAGAGAAAUUAGGUGUGGGGUACCACAAGGUUCUAACCUUGGCCCCAUCCUAUUCCUCUUGUAUAUUAACGAUCUACCUAAGUGUCUAGAAACAACCAAGGCUAACUUGUUUGCUGAUGACACAAAUCUUUCGUGUGCCGGCUUAGAUGCCAAUGAAAUCGAGACUAAACUUAAAAGAGAUCUUGAGAAUGUUCAUAGUUGGCUUAGAUGUAACAAGCUCACGCUAAACGAUAGCAAAACGGAAUUUAUGAUAAUUGGCUCUAGACAUCAUCUUACUAAAUUUGAAGACAACCCAGAGAUUUCAUUAGCCAUACGAGAUAAUAAUAUUAAACGGGUCACCAAUAAAAAAUCUCUUGGUUUUAUCAUCGACGAUCAAUUAAA